GGGCCCGGCCGGGAUGGUGCAGCGGCGGCUCCUCGGCGCACACACGCACUGAGUGGGCCCAAGCUGGGCCCCGCGCCCCCCGCGCCCCCCGCCGCCCCGGUCCCGGCCGGCAUGAUGUGCCUGGAAUGCGCCUCGGCGGCGGCGGGCGGCGCGGAGGAGGAGGAGGCGGACGCGGAGCGGCGGCGCCGGCGCCGGGGGGCGCAGCGAGGGGCCGGCGGUGGCGGUUGCUGCGGGGAGCGGGCAGCGGGCGCCGCUGGAGUGGUGACCGCCGACGAUGAGGUGCAGACGCUGUCGGGCAGCGUGAGACGGGCCCCUUCCGCACCCCCCAGCACCCCCAGCACCCCCAGCUGCGCAGCCGCUGCCAAGGGCCUCGGCGCUCAGCAGCCCAAACCAGCCAGCUUGGGCCGCGGGCGGGGGGCAGCCGCUGCCAUCCUCAGCUUGGGCAACGUGCUCAACUACCUGGACAGGUACACCGUAGCAGGUGUCCUUCUGGACAUCCAGCAGCACUUUGGGGUCAAGGACCGAGGCGCCGGCUUGCUGCAGUCAGUGUUCAUCUGCAGCUUCAUGGUGGCUGCCCCCAUCUUUGGCUACCUGGGUGACCGCUUCAACAGGAAAGUGAUCCUCAGCUGUGGGAUUUUCUUCUGGUCGGCCGUCACGUUCUCCAGCUCCUUCAUCCCGCAGCAGCACUUCUGGCUGCUGGUCCUGUCCCGCGGGCUGGUGGGCAUCGGUGAGGCCAGCUACUCCACCAUCGCGCCCACCAUCAUCGGCGACCUCUUCACCAAGAACACGCGCACGCUCAUGCUGUCUGUCUUCUACUUCGCCAUCCCUCUGGGCAGCGGCCUGGGCUACAUCACCGGCUCCAGCGUGAAGCAGGUGGCCGGAGACUGGCACUGGGCCUUGCGGGUGUCCCCCAUCCUGGGCAUGAUCACAGGAACGCUCAUCCUCGUCCUGGUCCCGGCCACUAAGAGAGGCCACGCUGACCAGCUUGGGGGCCAGCUCAAGGCCCGGACGUCAUGGCUCCGAGACAUGAAGGCCCUGAUCCGCAACCGCAGCUACGUCUUCUCCUCCCUGGCCACGUCGGCCGUGUCCUUCGCCACAGGGGCCCUGGGCAUGUGGAUCCCGCUCUACCUGCACCGCGCCCAAGUCGUGCAGAAGGCAGCAGAGACGUGCAGCAGCCCGCCCUGUGCGGCCAAGGACAGCCUCAUCUUUGGGGCCAUCACCUGCUUUACGGGUUUUCUCGGGGUGGUCACGGGCGCAGGAGCCACACGCUGGUGCCGCCUGCGGACCCAGCGGGCUGACCCGCUGGUGUGCGCUGUGGGUAUGCUGGGCUCCGCCAUCUUCAUCUGCCUCAUCUUCGUGGCGGCCAAGAGCAGCAUCGUGGGGGCCUAUAUCUGCAUCUUUGUAGGGGAGACGCUGCUGUUUUCUAACUGGGCCAUCACGGCGGACAUCCUCAUGUGUGUGGUCGUCCCCACCAGACGGGCCACCGCUGUUGCCCUGCAGAGCUUCACCUCCCACCUGCUGGGGGACGCCGGAAGCCCCUACCUCAUCGGCUUUAUCUCCGACCUGAUCCGCCAGAGCACCAAGGACUCCCCGCUCUGGGAGUUCCUGAGCCUGGGCUACGCCCUCAUGCUCUGCCCUUUCGUCGUGGUCCUGGGCGGCAUGUUCUUCCUGGCCACCGCGCUCUUCUUCCUCGGCGACCGCGCCAAGGCUGAGCAGCAGGUGAACCAGCUGGUGAUGCCGCAUGCAUCUGUGAAAGUCUGAGGCAGUGCUACUGGGACAAUGAAGAACCCUUGCUCCUACCUAGCCUGGGAGGUGUCCCCCG